AUGAAAUUUGGAUGGGUACAUGUUCUUCUUCUCUUACAUUUGUCUUAUUUAACAAAUCGUUUGAUUUUAGCCCAAGAAGAUCAGGAACAGGCAACGCCAUCUGCCCCACCCCCAUCAGUAGAAAAAUGCAAUGGGAUUUUCUUGUCUUAUCAAUUCCUUUCAAGGACGAAAGAAUAUCCCCGUCUGAAGAAUGCAACCGCACAAGGAUGGGCCUUCCAAUCCACUGCAACAAUAUUGAACACAGGCAUGGUUGAACUUGAAGCAUGGGAGAUAUAUAUUGGGUUUCAACAUCGUGAGGUUUUAGUUGGUGCAGAGGGAGCCAUUCUGGUUGGCAGUGACGAUUUCCCGGCAGAUGCCAGUAAUGGGACUCAUCUCUCAGGAUCCGCGUCCUCAGUUUUGAAAACAGCUGCUGACACAGCUGGAGAUCUUGACCAAAUGCAGGUGCAAAUUAAAUUGACUGGCACUCAAUUUGGUGUUAAACCACCUAGGAUACCGAUGCCUAAAACAAUAAAACUUGUAAAUCCUGGAUACAAAUGUCCAGCAGUGAAGACACACAAGACAGCAAUGUGGGUGUGCUGCACCAAGGAAAAAAUAAAGCGCAAACCAAAAAAAGUUGUCAAAACGAAGUUCUUUCCGCGACAGGAAGGAGAUCUUUCGAUUUCAUAUGAUAUUACUGCAGCCUAUGACAGUAGUUACAUGGCCCUGGUGACAAUGGAGAACAAUAGUCCUUUAGGACGUCUUGAUCACUGGAACUUGACUUGGGAAUGGAUGAGAGGAGAAUUCAUAUACUCAAUGAAAGGAGCUUAUACUCGUCUUGUAGACUACACGGAUUGCAUCUAUGGAGCAGCAGGACAAUUCUACCAGCAAAUGGAUUUCUCUAACGUCCUGAAUUGUCAGAAGAAGCCCAUCAUCAGUGACCUGCCUAAAGAGAGAGCAAACGAUACAAAGAUUGGAAAAGUACCAAACUGCUGCAGGAAUGGUACAAUUUUGCCAAAACUCAUGGAUCCAAGCCAAUCAAAAUCAGCGUUUCAAAUGCAAGUCUAUAAAUUGCCACCAGAUAUGAAUCGAACAGCUAUUAAUCCUCCUCAGAGAUGGAAAAUCGUUGGUCUUCUAAACCCUGAAUAUAAAUGUUCAGCUCCAAUUAGAGUUGCUCCAACAGAAUUUCCUGACACUAGUGGGCUUCAGUUCUCUACUCUUGCAAUUGCAACUUGGCAAAUUGUUUGUAACAUCACAACGCGAAAAGCUAAGACUUCAAGAUGCUGUGUUUCCUUCUCUGCUUACUAUAAUGAAUCUGUUAUACCCUGCAAUACUUGUGCUUGUGGCUGCGAUGACACAUCAACUUGCAAUGAAGAUGCUCAGGCGAUGCUUCUACCAUCAGAAGCACUUUUAGUCCCCUUCUCAAACAGGACAGCCAAAGCUAAAGCUUGGGCUAAACUAAAGCAUUUUCGGAUUCCUAAGCGCUUGCCCUGCGGUGACAAUUGUGGGGUGAGCAUAAACUGGCAUAUCAAUACUGACUACAAAACUGGAUGGUCUGCAAGAAUCACUCUGUUCAACUGGCAAGAAAUCAAUUUUGAGAAUUGGUUCACCGCAAUUCAACUGAAGAAAACAUCUAGUGGCUAUGAAAAAGCCUACUCUUUCAAUGGAACUCUUCUCAAAGACCACAAGAACACAAUCUUCUUACAGGGGUUAGUUGGGCUGAAUUUCUUGAUGGGAGAAACAAAUGGUACGAAUCCAAAAUCUGAUCCCAAGGUUCCUGGAAAGCAGCAAACUGUGAUUUCUUUUACAAAGAAACAUCACCGCAGGGUCAACAUAGUUAAAGGAGAUGGAUUUCCUUCAAAGAUCUUGUUUAAUGGAGAAGAGUGCUCGCUUCCUAAAAGAAUUCCUAUAGCAAAUGGAAACCACUGUCAUGUAAAUCUUUUACACGUAGCUCUUCCUGUAUUUGUUGCCUUCGCACUGAUGGGAUUGAAAAAUCAAUAUUGA